UAGUGAAAAAUGCAUUUUUUUCGGAAGUAUCUGUUCUUACUUACCUACUCUGCUCUAAUGGACAAUCUGCGGUUGUUACUCUCCGCCGUAGCUGUCGUUCUCGUCGCCGUCGUUUCGUCCCCUUCUCUUCACAAAUUCUUGUCCCUAAACCAGCUUUCGUUGCGUGGCGGAGAAGUGGCGGAUUUGGUGGUGAUAAAUGGGACUAUAUACACCAGCGACGCUGCUUUCCCUUUUGCUGAUUCAAUGGCCAUUCGCAGCGGUCGGAUUCUUCGAGUUGGCAACUCUUCCUCCAUGCAGGAUUUGGCUGGAUCUGGAACUAGAACAUUAAAUCUUCAGGGGAAACUGGUGGUUCCUGGAUUUAUUGACUCACAUGUUCACCUGAUUUAUGGAGGAUUGCAGAUGGCUCAAGUUCAACUCCACGGUGUCAACCAAAAAGAUCAGUUUGUGAACAAGGUCAAAGAGGCAGUAUCAUAUUUGCAACCUGGUAUCUGGUUGCAAGGUGGUGGUUGGAACAACGAUCUAUGGGGAGGAGAGCCGCCUAUGGCAUCUUGGAUUGAUGAUAUUACUCCUCAUAAUCCUGUCUGGCUGAUGAGAAUGGAUGGGCACAUGGGUUUGGCUAACUCUCUAGCACUAGAUAUUGCUGGAAUAUCUAAAAAUACAGUGGAUCCAGAAGGUGGAACUAUUAUGAGAAACAGUAUUGGAGAACCUACUGGUUUGUUGAUUGAUUCUGCAAUGAAGCUUGUAAUGUCCUGCAUCCCGGAGGUCUCAGUGGAGGAGAGGCGGGAAGCUCUGUUAAGAGCUGCCAAUUAUGCCUUGACGAGAGGUGUUACGACAGUUGUUGAUUUAGGGCGUUAUCUUCCUGGUGCAUCACCAGAACUCUCGUGGGAAGAUUUUUCAGAUGUCUAUAAAUGGGCUGAUUUAUCAGGAAAGAUGAAGAUUAGGGUUUGCUUGUUUUUUCCAAUGGAGACUUGGACACGGGUGCAUGAGCUUAUAACUCAAGCAGGUCGUAAGUUGAGCCCAUGGAUUUAUUUAGGUGGCAUGAAAUCUUUUGCAGAUGGAUCUUUGGGAUCCAACAGUGCACUGUUUUAUGAGCCAUAUGUUGAUGAACCACUCAAUUAUGGCCUGCAAGUGACAGACACAGAUAUGCUGUACAAUAUGACUCUCUCUUCUGAUAAAGCUGGCCUUCAGGUUGCUGUUCAUGCCAUAGGCGACAGGGCCAAUGGCUUGAUACUGGACUUGUAUAAAUCAGUUGCUUCUGAGAAUGGAAUGAGGGACAGAAGAUUUAGGAUUGAGCAUGCUCAGCAUUUGGCUCAUGGGGCAGCUGCCAGGUUCGGGGAACAAGAAGUUAUUGCCUCAGUGCAGCCUGAUCACUUAUUAGAUGAUGCUGAUUCUGCCAGAAAAAAACUUGGGGUUGAGAGAGCAGAUGGAGAAUCAUACUUAUUUCAUUCCCUCCUUGCCGGCAAUGCGCAGUUGGCACUUGGCUCUGACUGGCCAGUAGCUGACAUGAAUCCUUUGGGAAGCAUAAAGACAGCAGUGAAAAGAGUACCUCCUGGUUGGACAAAAGCUUGGGGUCCAUCCGAACGCCUUAGUCUGAGUGAUGCGUUGAAUGGGUACACCAUUUCAGCUGCUCGUUCGUGCUUCCUUGAUGAGGACAUCGGGUCACUCUCUCCUGGUAAAAUGGCAGACUUUGUGGUUCUAUCCGUGGAUUCAUGGGAUAAGUUUGCUGCAGAAGCUUCUGCUUCUGCUUCUGUUGAGGCUACAUACGUCGGUGGAUCACAAGCAUACUCCAAGAGUCUUAACGAAGACCUGUGAAGUGGAGUGGUGAAAAGGUAAUGUCAUUGAUGACCACAUCUUUCACGUUGUGUUGCUCGACAGGAGAAUGCUUUCUUGACUGUCGUCUUCUAACUUACGUGCAAGUCUAGGAAUCGAGAAACUCAUGGCCGCCUCGUCAUAGACGUCCGAUGGUCAUAGUCCAAGGUUCAUUUGCUAGAACCUAAGAAUCGUUGUUUGCAUCACACUCUGUUGUUUAUCUUUGUACCUGCUCGGUUGUGGUAAUGUCUUGUGAUCGUCUUCAUAAGUGAAAUUGCAUCAGUAGCUUUUAUUCAACGACAACUCUUGUUAAAAUCAAAUUUCAACUGAAAUA